CAAACCCACCAGUCUGUCGAGCUCCCUUGAACCUGAAUGCGCACCUGGGUUGCUGGCGCUGCUGCCGGUGUCGAUGACGCUAUCUCGUUUGCGACAGCCUUGCCCCUUGGGAUAUCACACCAUUCUUAAAGCCAACGCAACAGCACGCCAUUCUUAUACAUCAUCACACCACUUGUUGAUGAGGGCCGCCCCCGCCAAACGCCCCACUGUGAUCCCUUCGCCUCCUCGUGCAACCCGUGCACACGCACUCACUGUACCACACGCCGCCGGCAGCCUGAUCCCGACGGCUUGCCGUUAACCCAGGGUUACCCAACACGCCGAUUAUCUGUGGACCGCCCCACCGGAGCCAAGCCCAGACCGCCACCACACCACCACGACAGCCGACCACCAUCGCGGCAGAUCAAACGAGCGAGCCAAAAGGAGCGAGACUGCAAAAAGCCUGCCACUGCGCUAAAGCAGCAGCUUAUAUUAGACGCGUGCCGCACUUCAAUGCUGGCAUCCUCCCCACCCACAACAACAACACCAGGCAACAUGGCGACCAACCACUUGGAAAAGGAGCAACCCAACGCCGAUCCCAGCCACCUGGCCCCCCACCUCGAGCAGGAGAAGAAGCGCGACAGCCUGGGCUACGCGCACGACGACGAUGCCACCGUCGUGGUGAUCGACGACGGCAAGACGACCAUCCCAAAGGGCACAUAUGACCCCGUGUACGAGGCCAAGGCUCGCGUGCUCAACGAUGCGAUUCAGGACAUUGGAAUGGGCUGGUACCAGUGGCAGCUGUUCAUUGUUGUCGGCUUUGGCUGGGCUUCGGACAACAUGUGGCCCAUCACGACCUCGCUCAUCCUCCCGGCCAUCAAGAACGAGUACCCCGUGGCGCACCCCCAGUUCCUCACUCUCGCCCAAAACAUCGGCCUUCUCGCGGGUGCCCUCUUCUGGGGCUUUGGCUGCGACAUCUUUGGCCGUCGUCAGGCCUUCAACCUCACCCUUGGUGUUACCGCCGUCUGGGGCAUGAUCGCUGCCGGCUCGCCCAGCUUUGCUGCCGCCGCCGUCUUCGCCGCGUUCUGGUCGUUCGGUGUGGGCGGUAACCUUCCUGUCGACUCGGCCGUCUUCCUCGAGUUCCUCCCCGCCUCGCACCAGUACCUCCUGACUGUGCUCUCCCUCGACUGGGCCCUUGCCCAGGUCGUUGCCAACCUUAUCGCCUGGCCUCUGCUCGGCUACAGGACCUGCGCUGAGCCCGAGGGCUGCACCCGCUCCAAGAACAUGGGCUGGCGCUACUUUGUCAUCUGCAUGGGUGGCAUCACGCUCCUCAUGUUCGUUAUCCGCUUCCUCUUCUUCACCAUCUACGAGUCCCCCAAGUACCUCAUGGGCAAGGGCAAGGACGAGGAGGCUGUUCAGAUCGUUCACGAGGUUGCCCGUCGUAACGGCAAGACGUCCAACCUCACGCUUGACGACCUCAAGGCCUGCGAACCCCCCAACUACGUUGCCCCUACCUCGGCUGCCGACACCCUCAAGCGUGAGCUGCAGAACGUCAACCUCGACCACGUCAAGGAGGUAUUCAAGACUAAGAAGCUCGCCUUCUCCACGACGCUCAUCAUCCUUGUUUGGGCGCUCAUCGGCCUCGGCUACCCUCUUUACAACGCCUUCCUCCCCUUGAUCCUCAGCACCAAGUCGUUCAACGGCGAGAAGGUCUCAGUCACUCACACCUACCGCGACACGCUCAUCAUCGCCGUCAUGGGCGUUCCCGGUGCGCUCGUCGGUGCCGCCUUCUCCGAGGUGCCCGGCAUCGGCCGCAAGGGUAUCCUCUCUGCCUCGUGCAUCCUCACUGGUGUCUUCCUCUACCUGAGCACCAUUGCUACCAACUCGGGCGGCUUCCUCGGCUACAACUGCGCCUACAACUUCACCUCGAGCAUCAUGUACGCCGUGCUCUACGCCUACACACCCGAGCUCUUCUCGACUGCCAACCGCGGCACGGGUAACGCGCUCACGGCUUCGGCCAACCGUAUCUUCGGUAUCAUGGCCCCUCUGGUCAACGCGUUCGCCCCCAAGAACACGCCCGCCCCAGUCUACGUCUCGGGCGCCCUCUUCAUCGUCGGCGGCCUGCUCGUCAUCCUCAUGCCCUUCGAGUCGCGUGGCAAGGCUGCCCUCUAGACUCGAAAACAAACCCAUCUUGUGCCAACUGUAACCAUAGUCUUGAACCGCCGCGAGGCGCAGUUAUAGUGUGCUGCCCAGUGCAGAGUUAUGCGACCACACGAGCCCAUCUGCUCGUCGCCAGCCA